AUUACUUUCUGCCUGUAAGGUUCAGUGGCAUACUUUCUUUCGUACAGUACCUAAAGGCAACCUACCUGCCAUUCCGGUCAGCCUAUAGCUCACUGGUAAAGGAACUGGUCAUUUACGCGAUGGCCGAAGAAGACAGAGCUAAUACCAAUAAGAUUUCCCUGGGUCCAUAUAGUCCAAAACCAGAGUCUCCUACUACCGCACGCCCUCUGGACUUCGAUGAUGAACCUCAAGAGUCUGGUGUCAUCUCCGUCUCCGCAGCCGCAACCCAGCAGAAUGCGAUAGAUGUUGCCCCGCCAAAGCCGCCGCGUCCAUUGAGCCCGCAACAACAGGCCGAAAACACUCUCAAAGAAGCUUUCCCUACCGUUGAAUUGUCUGUAAUCAAAGCAGUGUUGGUAGCGAGCAACUGCGAUGUCGAACGUGCUUUCCAUGCUCUUCUUGGCAUGACUGAUCCCAGCGCUGCAGAGCAAGAUGUUCCGCCUUCGAAGCCACCUCGUCCAUCUGCAGCACAGAGGCAGCUUGAAGCAGAUGAACAGUAUGCUCGUCAGCUUGCAGAGCACUACAAUCGCCGUGCGCCCCAAUCCCGCUGGGAGGGCGGGCCCCCAUAUGAUCGGCCGAGGAGAGACAGCGAGCUGUCGGAGGACAGGGAAUAUAGUUUCUUCGAAGACGAUCUUCCGGUAAUCCGUGAAAACAUCCGCAAAGGUUUUCUAGACACCCAGACAAAAGUCAACUCAUGGGUCCAAAAUUUAAAGAAGCGACUAGAUGGCGAAGAUCAAGAGGGGGCACCAACUAAUCAGGCUUAUCGCGAUGAAAGUUAUGCUCAAGCGAGGAGAAGCGGAGAACUAGGCCGUCGCAGUGGAGAUCGCGAACGCUACGACGCAGACCCCCAGGUUCUAAGUGAUGACUUUUCGGUCCUCGAAAUGAAAGAUACAGAAGCCCCUCCACCACGACCACCAAGACCGCUUGCCAAUCUCAACCUCUACAAGACCUCGUCAACUUCGCCAGAUAGACGUAAGGUGUCUUUCCAAGAGGGCCCACCCACCGAAAUCGGAAGCAAUCUCUAUGAUGCAUCUGAACCGCCUAAACACUCGCCUUCUACAGGAGGCAAACCGAGCAAAUGGCAACCAUUGUCUACCGUUGAGCCUUCUCCCGUUGGAGAGCACGAUCCGUUUAGUCUAGGUGAUAGUGAGGAUGAAAAGGAUAUCAAACACAAGGAUCAAAGUUCCACUGAUGAGGGGGACCGCAUCAAGAUAGCUACAGCCCAGGCGAUGGCUGGUGAGCGUGGUUCUGCAUCAAAAGUAAAUAAGGUAGAUGGUGGAAAGUCUUGACGUUGUGUUAACAACAUUAUUCUUAUGUCAUUCCAUAUGCGGUCUUAUUAUGUGUUUUUAUAGCUAAGCUACCAUUUGCACCUGGAGUUUAUAAUGAUACCAGAGUCUGCAACAUCUGGAAUUGAGCUGUCAUUCAAUUCAAA